AAUACGUUAACGGCGGGUAUUAUAAAGAUUAGUUUCGGCCUAGGUAAGGAAAUCGUCGCCCUAGGUAUAGUAGAAGUAGAGAUAUACUUCGGAACAAUAACUUUUUAUAUUUUACCCGUUAAUACCCUAUUUCUCUUAUAUUUAAAAGAUAUAGAUCGACUAAGUAUUAUAUUUAAUAAUAUAAGAAAUAAAAUCUCUAGCGGUAAGCACUUUAAGAUAGUCGAACGACGAUAG